AUGAUCCAGGGUGCCUCAGAGCCUGAUGGCUCCAGCUGGGGCUGGGGCUGGGACGGGGACGGGGACGAUGACUGGGACAGUGCUGUGCUCACCCUGCUGGCGCUGGCUGUGGUGGCUGCCACGGCGCUGGCCUUGCACUGGUUCGGCUCUGGGCAGGACCAGGAGGCAGCAGGCCCUGCGUCCACAGGCCCCCGAGCGCAGCCUUCUCCGGCAGGAGGAGCCAGGCCAGCCCUGCCUCCAAAAGCCAAGGUCAGUGGUGGCGUCGAGGGACAUAACUCAGGGCUGAGGAAGCCAGACCCUCCAGGACUCAGCCAGGGGAGUGCAGCUGCAGCAGGCGUCCGGGACCACCAGCCCCCGGGAAGUGGAGAUCUGACCACCACAGCUGCACCUCCACUCAAGACACCUGGCGAGGCGGCCCGUGCGGGGGCCUUGGGACAGCAGCAGGGUAACUCUACCCCAGAAGUCCCCCGAGGCGAAGCAAAGGAGCACCUCAGCCCAGGCGCUGCCCUCCUGGGUAGGAGCAAAGUAGGGGGGACGCCUGCCCCUCUCCUGAUACACUUCACUCCCCGGAGUCCAGACAGCGAAGUGGAGGUACCGGCGGAGGCAGGAGGCAUCCACGCCAAGGCGCUGGCUCACCAGGCCCCAGCCCACACGGUGGAACAGGACACCAGCUCCUGGAAACAAGGAGUGGGGCCGCCCCGCUCAACGGGGAGAGGUUCAGGCAGUCGGCGGUGGCAAGUGGGUGACAGCUCAGGAGAUAGAGCCUGCCGCUCCCCAAAACUGGACCCUCUACGCCUGGGCACUGUGGUGAGUGUGUGGGAUGCUGUGGAUGCAGCCAGCAGCCUCUCUGCAGGUGCCCAGAGGCCCCCUCAUCCCCAGGAGCUGCCCCCACCAGACUCUGUGCAGACUGGGCGCCUGGCAGAUGGCUCAGAAAGGGGAUGCAGGAAAAGCGGCCCCCAACCAGCCCCAGUUUUAGCUCUGGAUUCAGGGGCCAAAGCUGUCCCAGCUGCAGCCCCAGUACCAACUGCUUCCCCAGCCUCAGCUGCAGCCACAUCCUCAGCCCCAGUACCAACUGCAUCCCCAGCCCCAGCUGCAGCCCCAGUACUAACUGCAUCCCCAGCCCCAGCUGCAGCCCUAGUACCAACUGCUUCCCCAGCCUCAGUCCCAGUACCAACUGCUUCCCCAGCCCCAGCUGCAGCCCUACCCCAGCUGCAGCCCCACCCCAGCUGCAGCCCUAGUACCAACUGCUUCCCCAGCCUCAGCUGCAGCCACAUCCUCAGCCCCAGUACCAACUGCAUCCCCAGCCCCAGCUGCAGCCCCAGUACCAACUGCAUCCCCAGCCUCAGCUACAUCCUCAGCCCCAGUACCAACUGCUUCCCCAGCCCCAGCUGCAGCCCCAGUACCAACUGCUUCCCUAGCCCCAGCUGCAGCCCCAGUACCAACUGCAUCCCCAGCCUCAGCUACAUCCUCAGCCCCAGUACCAACUGCUUCCCCAGCCCCAGUACCAACUGCAUCCCCAGCCUCAGCUACAUCCUCAGCCCCAGUACCAACUGCAUCCCCAGCCCCAUCCGAGCCACGGCCCCAGCUCCUGCCCCAGCCCCAGUUGCAGACAGUUUUCCAGUUGUAGCCCCAGCUGCAGCCCCUGCCCCAGUCCCAGCUACAGCCCCAGCCCCAGCUGCAGUUCCUCCUCCAUCUGUAGCCCCAGUCCCAGCUGCAACCCCAGCUCCAGCCCCAGUCCCAGCCGCAACCCCUGCCCCUACUGGUAAGUCAAUGCCUGCAUGUCAGGAGCCUAGUGUGGCUAUCUGCAAGGGCAACCAGGAGGGGCAGGUCUCAACUAGCUGGGGAAACCUUAUUUCAAUGGUUCUUAGGAGUCACCCCUUCCCCAGGCAAGAGAAGCCUCAAGGGACAGCCCAAAGGGCAGCUCUGGAGAGCUCUAGAGAGCCCAGCACGCCCACAGCCUUGGAGAACAUGGAGCCUGGUUCUCCCUCUGAAAGAGUCACUCCGGGUCUCAAGGACGGGCAGGACUCCCCAGCUGAGAUGGCCACAGGGGCAGGCACAGGGGGGCUGGCUGAGGCUGGAUGUCAGCCACAGCAGAGAAGCUCCGAGACAAACGAGGCUGCGGUGCCCAGGGCCCCAUCACGGCUGCCUGAGAAGACGAAGCCUGGGCCUGCACUGUCCCUCACUGCCAGGGCAGACCCACAGCCUGUCCCCAGGCCACGGAAACGCAGCAUGUGCGAAAUGGAAACCUCAGAGAGCUCUGAGCAGAAGGUCAGCCAGGCGGCCCCAGGAGAGGCGCCAGGGGAGAGGCCCAGCCCUGUAAGCAGCAGGGGUGUCCUCACGGAGAAACAGAGGGAGGCCCGCAAGCUCAUGGUGUUUCUGCAGAAGCCUGGGAGCUGGGGGGUGGUGGAGGGGCCCCGGAAGCCCAGCUCCCUGGCCCGGGAGGCUGCCUUGGCAGCAGCUCUGCAGUGGCGGCUAGACCUGGGCAGCUGCCUCGAUGUACUAGCUUUUGCCCAGCGGCACGGGAAGACCGGCCUGGCCCAGGAGACCUAUGCCUUGAUGAGUGACAAUCUGCUGCACGUGCUGGGGGACCCGAACCUCUACCGGCAGCUGAGUGGGACUGACCGAGAGCGCAUCCUGAGCCUUCGGACUGGCAGGGGCCAGGCCGUGCUGGGGGUCCUCGUGCUGCCCAGCCUCUACCAGGUGAGCCGCUCAGGGCUUACAAGGGGCCCUCACAUGGAGGAGGCUCCUGCCGCCGGUCCUGGGCCCCUGCCUCCUCCAUCGCACCUGCAUAUGUUCAACCCCCAGGAGAACACAUGGCGGCUCCUGACCCAGGUGCCGGAGGAGGUCCCUCUGCGGGGCUGCGGUCUCUGCACCAUGUACAACUACCUGUUCCUGGCGGGCGGCAUCCGUGGCUCUGGUGCCAAGGCUGUCUGUUCCAAUGAGGUCUUCUGCUACAACCCGUUGACCAACAUCUGGAGCCAGGUGCGGCCCAUGCAGCAGGCCCGGGCCCAGCUCAAACUGGUGGCCCUGGAUGGACUGCUCUACGCCAUUGGGGGCGAGUGCCUGUACAGCAUGGAGUGCUACGACCCCCGCACAGACACCUGGGCCUCGCGUGCGCCCCUCCCCGCGGGCACCUUCCCUGUGGCACACGAGGCCGUGGCCUGCCGUGGCGACAUCUAUGUCACCGGGGGCCACCUCUUCUACCGCCUGCUCAGGUACAGCCCUGCGAAGGAUGCGUGGGACGAGUGCCCCUACAGCGCCAGCCACAGGCGUUCCAGCGACAUGGUGGCACUGGGGGGCUUCCUCUACCGCUUCGACCUGCUGCGUGGUGUGGGUGCUGCCGUCAUGCGCUACAACACGGUGACGGGCUCCUGGAGCCGAGCCGCCCCCCUGCCCCUGCCGGACCCAGUCCCGCUCCGCUGCACCGCGCUGGGCAACACCAUCUACUGUCUCAACCACCAGGUCACCGCCACCUUCACGGUCUCCGAGGGGACUGCCCAGUUCCAGGCCAAGGAGCUGCAGCCCUUUCCCCUGGGGAGUAAAGGGGUCCUCUGUCCAUUCAUCCUGACUCUGCCCCCUGCGGACCCACUGCAGACUGCCCUCUGA